AGUAGAUUAUGUCAGUUUACCUGCGAGGAGAAUGCAGCACCGCACGUUCACCUCAGUUAUCGUGGACAUUUUCAUAUGAUCAGCAUAGUGAGUUGUGGACAAAGACUGUCUUUCAGUAUGGGUCAGAUUCAAAGCGAUGAAGAUAAAGAAGUGGAACUAUCAGACAUCCAGCCUCUUUAUACCAAAUUCAUGAGAGAGUGCCCAAGUGGAGCCCUGCAUCUUCACGAAUUCCGCAAGAUCUUCGGGAUUCAGAGCACAUCAGAAGACGAGGCUUUGUACAUAGAAACCCUCUUCAAAUCUUUUGACACAAACAGGGAUGAUGUUAUAGACUUCAUGGAAUUUGUAGCAGCCGUCCACCUGGUUCUGAGAGGCAAACUGGAGGACAGACUGAAAUGGUCUUUUAAAGUUUACGACAAAGAUGACAACGGAAAAUUGGACAGGCAAGAGGUCAAACGUGUUAUAAAGAUUAUUUGCCAACUUCAGAGAAACCACAUCAACAUGACACCCGGUGACAUUUGCGACAGGAUAUUUGAACAUUUGGAUGAAAACAAAGAUGGGGGCACCACACACCAAGGUCCAGUGGCCAUGGAGCUUGUCAUAUCACAGUCACCAGCACUUGCUGUUUGGACACUGCUCUACUACUCCUCCAGAGCCUGCUCAAGUCCACGAGUCACCUGUCCUUUCACGGCCAAGGAGGCCAUUCCUUAA